CGUCCUUGCUCGAUACCGCCGCCGACCCUCAGCUACCAUCGGAGCUUCCUGGUAUAUAAACGCCUCGCCUAGUCGCCUCUAAGCGUCAACACCGAGCAGCCAACAAGCUAAGCUGUAGCUACUGCAAGACAGCCUCAGUGCGUGAGAGAUCGAUCGGCCUAGUCCGAAGCGAGAGGAGCAAGUCGUCGAGUGAAGAUGAGCGCGCCGUCGGUGAGCAGGAAGGCGUCGUCGUUCGUGGUGGCGGCGAGCAUGAGCGCGGUGGAGGCGCUCAAGGACCAGGCGGGCCUGUGCCGGUGGGACUACGCGCUCCGCUCGCUCUACCAGCGCGCCAAGGUCAGCGGCCGCGCAUUCCCGGUGUCCCUGUCGUCGUCCCAGGCCGCAGCGGGCAACAGCACCGCGGCCUCCACUUCCGCCGUUGGCAGGGCCAGGCCCAGGCGGUCGGAGGAGGAGAAGCUGCACAAGGCGUACCACCUCGUCUGCUGGGGCCCUAAUUGAUUAGGAUUAGUUUUUUCUUGCCCUUUUGGCACUGCUACUACUACGUAUCAGAUUUCUCCUCUUCUUGCCCAUUUCGAGAUGUAUCUGCAAAUUUUCAUGUGCUCCGUCGUCUGAUUGAGAUGGGAAUUGCUGCGUGAACAAAUGGAAAUGAAAUAUACCUUUUGGUUGUUGCUAAUCUCAGCCUCGUCCA